ACCUAAGGAAUCACCAGUUCAUUACCAACUCAAAUUCCUUUGCAGAAAUUUACCUUAAGGACAAACUAUAAAGCAAGAAAGAGAGGAGACAGUUGAUAUCCCAGACAGCUCUAUUCAAGUUUAUGAAUGAUUCACACUUAAGGGUGGCAGGACUUAAUGCAAAUGAACGAAGAGGAAACUGUCAGCUGCAUUGUGGUUCAACCAAUAGAAGCACAGCUCCAUCUUGGAUGUGCACUGGACUGCAUUACAAACAGACGAUACCAUCGCUUCAACAGCAGCCUUCCGACAAGAGUCACUAUUUCUUGAUUCAGGUCACUUGUCUUCUAAGUAUAAAGGAGAGGAAAUAGAAAUACACUGAGCCAACAAAGUGAGAAGGAUCCACAAAGAUUCAAAAGAACCAAUACAAGAAGUACAAUUCCUAAGAAUGGCCUCCCUGAGCUCCAGCCUCUGGAAUGAAACCACUACUUCUGUUUAUCAGUACCUUGGUUUUCAAGUUCAAAAAAUUUACCCUUUCCAUGAUAACUGGAACACUGCCUGCUUUGUCAUUCUGCUUUUAUUCAUAUUUACAGUGGUAUCUUUAGUCGUGCUGGCUUUCCUUUAUGAAGUGCUUGACUGUUGCUGCUGUGUAAAAAACAAGACUGUGAAAGACUUGAAAAGUGAACCAAACCCUCUCAGAAGUAUGAUGGACAACAUCAGAAAACGUGAAAUUGAAGUGGUCUAACACUCAACCUAAGAUGAACAAAAUCUCUGAAAAUAGCCUUCAACUACUGAGAAAAAAGGAAAAUUUUGUGAGGCCAACUGUUAUUAUAAAAUUGACUCUGAGGGGCGCCUGGUGGUUCAGUCGGUUAAGCGUCCAAUCAGCUCACAUCAUGAUCUCACAGCUCAUAAGUU